AAUUGGAAAUCUAAUUUCAUAUCAAUCUCCUUAAAACUUAUAUUAUUUGUCAUUUUAAUUGCAAUACAGCAUACAUACUUCAUCUUCCUCCUGCUCCACAUCGGCGUUGAAAAACAGAAACCAGCGAAGAAAACUAAGGACUUUUUCUCGACUCUGUGGGCUGUGGCACAUGCUGAUAAUCGGAGAGAGGAUUCCGAGAUGACUCUGGGGCUGAUCAACGCUAAUCCGGUGGUCCACGCUAAGAAGGAAAGGCUCGCCCGUACAGACGAUCCCCACGCCGACGACGCCAUUUGGAGUGGAAUUAGGAGUACUGAGAUUUUGUUUGCUAUAUUGCUAUUGAUCUGUAGGAUAACUUUUACGCCGACCAUCCAGCACUGCAGCAUGGCGACAGUGAUUGGUUUGUGCUUAAGAGAGAAAUUGAAGGAUUUUUUUCCUCCACAUUUUAAGGUAGACAUAAAAGUUGCCCCUGGAUCACAUGCAAAUGAGGAAUCAGUUAAUAAGCAGCUAAAUGAUAAAGAAAGAGUGGCUGCAGCAUUGGAGAAUCCCAACCUGCGCCAACUUGUAGACGAAUGCCUUUACUCUAGCGAGCUUUGAGAAUUGACGAGCUGCCAAAAUAACUUGUAUAGUUGCAGUUUUGUUCUUAUCUCAGCAACUUGAUCUUUUUGUUGUAUGUAUGUUGUAUGUUGUGAAAUUAUUGCUUAGUGUGUUACCAUGGAUUUUCCCAAUCGAUAAUGAGACUGUUCUCUUUUGAAGAACACCAUGAAUGACAAUUAGGACAUUUUUAACUCCUUUGAAGAUCCUGCCUAUCUUCAAUCCUAUAUCCGCAUAGAGCCAGUUAAGGGGUACAUUGUCCGCUUAGACCCACUCAAACCAUCCCUCCAACAACAACAACAACAUAUCCAGUAUAUUCCCAACAGGUU